AUGGCUGCGCUUGGUGGUACUAAGAAAGAACUGGAUCCCGAGGAGCAAAUGAAAAAAAAAUUUCGUGCCAAAUGUUUGUUCCGUGCGUUAGGUCGGCUUGUACUGGCUAAUGCAUAUUGGCUUAUCGAAGGUGUAGAUCAUUAUGAGGGGCUGGAUGAUGUUAAGCGUAGAGUUGAGCAAGCAGUUCGCGGGAAAAAGAAAAAACAACUGUUUAGUAUAAAUGACAAAGCGCUACUGAAUAAACCAGCAGAAGACCGAACAGAUCAAGAAAAAAGAUAUAUUUUUCGUAUUAUAGGUGGCCUUAAAUGUUUCAAGCGUUAUCCUAAUCACGUGAAAAAGAAAUUGGCCGCUGUGACAUACUUUAAGUAUUAUGGUCCAGGGCGGACAAUAGUUCGGCAGUAUCAGGAGGCACAUGCGCUUUAUUUUAUUAUAAAUGGCGACGUCACUGUCAGUCAGAUGAUCUUUGAUGAGCUUUUACAACAACAUGUUUCUGUCGAUGUAGGAGUUAUGCAUCCUGGUGAUAUGUUUGGCGAAGUGUCUUUGUUACAUAAUAUUCCCAGGACCGCAACCUGUACGACAAAUGACCACUGUGAGUUAUUGGUACUUAUGAAGGAGGAUUUCAAAAAUGUUCUGCAAGCAUCCAUUCAGAAGCAAUGGGAUGAAGUUCGUCGUGCUAUGUCUGCGUUUACUUAUUUUGAUGCACUUGAUGAGGUAGCACGUCGUGAAGGUUGCAUAGUUGCUAAGAUGAAAUCAUACGAACCAAAUGAAACGCUACUCGGUGACGGCGUGGGUGUUGCCAAUUUCGUCUAUUUUAUUCUAUCAGGGCGAUGUCAAAUGAUCGAGUCUUUACAAGUGAUUGUAACAACUCGUCUCGGCAAAAACUAUUAUUCUCUAUACGAUCCUUAUGUGCCACCAGAGGAAAGCGAACAAGAUUUUGAAACAAAAUAUUUCGGUGCCUUCAAUAAAAAAAAUGCGUCGACUGACACUGAAGAGGGAUAUAAUAAACACAGUGAAAGAAAAUUAGGUUCCGUAGAACAGUCAGAAAAAGCUAUUAAUCUUCAUAGUUCUUUAAAGAGGGAAAAAUCUUCCACCGCGAGUACCAUCAAAAUGGAGAAUAAUCAAAAAAAUUCAAACGAAACUCGAAAAGGAAGCGUCGAUUUUGAUAUUCCUGAAGCUACUAAAUCUCAAGAAUUAUUACAUCCUUCAUUUCAUAAAGAACAAAGAGAAUCUGUAAGGCUUAGUGUCAUUCCCGAUGUGAUAGGUGCGAAUGUUAAAAACAUGGUGCCACCGCAAAGUCUUCGAACUUAUUUUAUGCAGGUAUGUCAACUUAAUCCGGGAUCAAGUUUUGGCUUUGGGGAGAACAUGCGCGAUCGCCGCAUCGUCGCUUUAACACCUGUAAAUUGUAUGCUUUUGCCUAAAAUUUGGCUUUUGCAACGUAACACUGCUAAUAUUUGGUCAAGAAUUCAACAUUAUUUAAAAAAAAAGAUACCAACAAAGAAACAGUUAUUCAAAGAAUUUGUCUCAGCACGGAGAUGGCAAGAGUUUAAGGAUCAACUCGUGCAAGACGUAGUUUCUCGUUCCAACACUGUUAAUUGGACUUCCGUUCACGAUGUUCCGUAUUCUAUACGUAUGGAAGAAAUGCUUGAUAUA